CCUCUGCACACCUCCUUGGGAGCACCUCUCUGCCUGGGCUUUCUCGCCACAUCUGCAGCUCCCCUCGCAGAAUCGGCCCUUUCUCCGCCUGGCAAGGCGCAGAGAUGAACCACGCCAGGCCUCGCUAUGUCAUCGAACGCCCUGCGUACUCGGUCAGUCUCUUCGAUGAAGAGUUUGAGAAGAAAAGCAGAAGUUACCCCAUUGGAGAAAAAUUUAAGAACUUUUUCAGAUGUUCAGCUUCCAGAUUCAAACUCAUCCUCUUCAGCCUCUUCCCAAUACUCGUGUGGCUUCCCAAGUAUAAAAUUAAGGACUACAUUUUGCCUGAUGUUCUCGGUGGGCUCAGUGCGGGGACAAUUCAAGUGCCACAAGGGAUGGCCUUUGCGCUGCUGGCCAAUCUGCCUCCCGUCAAUGGGCUCUACUCCUCCUUCUUCCCCUUGGUGACAUACCUCUUCCUUGGCGGUAUCCACCAGAUGGUCCCAGGUACUUUUGCAGUCAUCAGCAUUAUUGUUGGCAAUGUCUGCAAUGAGCUGGCUCCAGAGUCAGACUUCCAGUACUUCAACCACACCACCAACGAGACCAGUGUGAAUACCACAGCCCUGGAAGCGGCCAGGCUGGAGAUCUCUGCCACUUUAGCCUGCCUGACAGCCAUCAUACAGCUGUGCCUGGGAUUCGUGCAGUUCGGCUUUGUCGCUAUCUACCUCUCCGAGUCUUUCAUCAGGGGCUUCAUGACAGCAGCAGGGUUGCAGAUCCUCAUCUCCGUGCUCAAGUACGUCUUCGGCUUGACAGUCCCGUCUUACACCGGGCCCUUAGCUAUCGUCUAUACAUUCAUUGAUAUUUGUAAAGGUCUGCCCAAGACCAACGUGGCCUCCCUGGUCUAUGCCUUGGUCAGUGCUGUGCUCUUGAUGAUUGUCAAGGAGCUCAACCUGAAGUAUAUGAAAAAGAUCCGGAUGCCCAUCCCCAUGGAGAUCAUCAUCGUCAUAGUCGCAACUGCAAUCUCUGGCAGCUUUGACAUGCCUGAGAAGUACGGAAUGCCAGUAGUUGGGAAGAUCAGCAUGGGGUUCCCAGCGCCAACCCUGCCCCUGGUGAACAAGUGGAAAGACAUGAUCGGCACAGCUUUCUCGCUCGCCAUCGUGAGCUACGUGAUCAACUUAGCCAUGGGGAGAACGCUGGCAGCGAAGCACGGCUACGACGUGGACCCCAACCAGGAAAUGCUGGCCCUGGGUUGCAGCAACUUCUUUGGAUCCUUCUUCAAAAUCCACGUCAUCUGCUGUGCUCUCUCUGUCACUCUCGCCGUCGAUGGGGCAGGAGGGAAAUCACAGGUGGCAAGUUUCUUUGUGGCCAUGGUGGUCAUGGUGACGAUGCUGGCUCUGGGGAUCUACCUCGAACCUCUUCCAAAGUCUGUCCUGGGAGCUCUCAUCGCGGUGAACCUGAAAAACUCCCUCAAGCAACUGGCCGAUCCCUUCUACCUGUGGAAGAAGAGCAAGCUGGACUGCUUGGUCUGGCUGGUGAGCUUCCACUCCGCUUUCUUCCUGAGCCUUCCCUACGGAGUCGCUGUGGGUGUGGGAUUUUCCGUGCUGGUUGUGGUUUUCCAUACCCAGUUCCGUAACGGCUCUGCCCUGGGCCAAGUAAAUUCCACCGACAUCUACAAGAACCCUAAAACCUACAAUAAGGUACAUGAACUUAAUGGGAUUAAAAUUGUGACCUACUGCUCACCACUGUAUUUUGCCAACUCGGAGAUAUUCCGUGAGAAGAUUAUAGCCAAGACUGGGGUGGAUCCUGGGAAAGUGUACUUAGCCAGGAAGAAAUAUGUGAAACGGCAGGAGAAGGGGACAGCACAGCCACCAACAAAGCUACCAAACUUCUUAUUAAAGCAGAACAAGACAUUGUCAUUGCAAGAGCUCCAGAAAGACUUUGAAAGCACCUCUCCAACAGAUACCAAUAACAACCAGACAACUGCUAAUGGAGCCAGCAUCUCCUACGUCACGUUCCGUCCAUCCGCCAACAGCGCUGGGCAAGUACACCCCUCCAGCGAGCUGGGCAGCACCACUACUCUGCAAGGAAGCACUUUCCAUGUCAUGCCUACAGGAGACGUUGACCCUAUGAUGACAGCGCCACCCUAUAUCAGCUUUCACACCAUCAUCCUGGACAUGAGUGGAGUGUGCUUUGUUGACCUCAUGGGCACCAAAGCACUGGGCAAGUUGUGUUCCAGUUAUCAGAAGAUUGGGAUUAAAGUGUUCUUGGCAAACGUGCAUGCCCAGGUGUACAAUGAUAUUAGCACAGGUGGAGUCUUCGAGGAAGGAGGCCUGGACCAAAGUCACAUCUUCCUGACGAUCCAUGACGCUGUUCUGUUUGCCCUGGCAAAUAUCAAUGAAGUUGUCCACCCACCCAUCUUAGAAGAGAGGCCAACUCAGACAGAGCUCUCCAUCUAUGAUGAGUCUGUGGAUGAAAGCAGCGCAGAGUUUAAGAACUUGGAGGAGGAGAUGUUCGGCAGCAUGUUCCACUCAGAGACCCAGACAGCUCUGUGAGUGCACAGGGAGUAUCGGCGUGCGGGCAAACCCUCCCAAACGGACUCUUCCCUCCCAUCCCUUCGUGAAGAGCUGCACUUCUACCUUGGGAUAAAAUGAGUUUGCAAAGCAAGAGGCCACCACACCUCUUGAACUGAUAAAUUCCUCACUCCCUCCUGCUCUGCUUCUGGUAUUCCGAGCAAUGGACUCUGGAGCAGACAAAAGAAAUCUGCAGAAGCAGGAACUCAGGAAAUGUCAUCUCAUUAAUUACAGAAGGGAAGAAAGUUCAUUCGAAGGCAGGUGCCUUAACUCUGGGACAAUUAGUCCUUAUUGCCAAGCGCUCUCCUUUGUCUCGCACAAUCAAACUCUUCUGCUCCUACCGGCAUUAUGCAAUUGGGGCAUCCCCUGUUUCUUUUCUCCCUCCCUCUUUUUCUGACAAAGUGAAAGACAAGCAAACAUUAAGAUCCUUUCACUGCUUUGACUCAUGAGCAAAAGGAACUCUUGCAAGGUGCAACGACACAGCUUUGUAAGGAAAUGUGCACUGACCUUCGGGGUGUCUGCAUGGCAAGUGCCAACCCCUGCAUCUCCCUGCGUGUCUGUGUUGCAGCACGGCUGCCUUUCUCCUUGCCUCUCUCUGUGACCCCCCCUACUCUACUCUCUCCACAACCCAGCAUCCCAAAACCCAUUGUCCCAACCCAGGGCUGUAGUUCUGACACCCUGAAGAACUCGGUCCUCUAUUUCAGUAGGGCUACUUCCAGUUGCCUUUUCCCAUGGUCUCUCCCUUUUUCUAGCAUUAGCAUCUCCAAUUGCACUUUCCUUGACCUCAGGCCCUUCCCGCAUGGUGGCCUCCUUCUCUCUUUCAACUUCUCCUGCUGGAUCUAGGAGGGAAAAUAAAAAGUUGUUUCAGGUACCCUGAAUUUUCAUCACUGACCUGACAGAUCAACAGGCCUAAAACAAAAGUUGACCCAGGGAUGAUCAAUAUCACACUGCUCUGAUCAGUAGAUCAUUGCUUUGAUCAAUAGAAUCGGGCUGUGCUGUUUGAAUUGUAACUUCUUCAGCACCCACGGGACACGAUGCCAAUUAUGUUUGACCAGUUGAGUAUGUGUUCAAAAGACCCAGGGUCUGGUUCAACUCCCCUCUGAAGUUUUUAGGCAUCUUUCUACUUCCUGUAAGGCUCUUAGACUGUGAAUGGAAUGACAGCGUUCAUCCCAAGGAUGUUCUGACUCUCUUUCCAUCCUCUUGUUGACUGAAACCAGAAGAUUUAGUCCAGAACAUGGAUGAGGCCUUUGGAGAGAUGUAUUUUCCCCAAAUCCAGGGGCAGGAAAGGAAGCUCCUUCUGCACACUGUUCACAAUGCCAUAGAUCCAGAGCAGUGAAAGGGGAAUUUGAGUGUACUUCAUGUCUGCAGCUAGGGAUGAGCUCAAGUGAUACCUUGUGCUGUGCAGGCCUUCUGGUGACAAGCUCUCAAAUCAUCACUUGUGCGGCCAGAUAAAACUCUUGUGUAGUAUGUGCUAUUUCAAUUCCAUACUUCAUGUUCCAUGACUUCCACUAAAACCCACCACAGACCGAUGCUACCAGGACCAUCCACUGCUCAGGCAAACAAGACUGCCUCGCUAACCCAGAGUCAGACAGCUGAGAUCUUAACUAUUCCGAAAAAAAAUGAAGUUCUUUUAUACUUGAGUGAUGCCAACCACACCAGCUAUUUUAGUUCCCUUCGCCGAUGUCUUCCCUUCCUUCCCAGUGCUGAUGUUGUGACAGCGAUGACAACAUAAAGCCUGAAAAAUCUAAGCGUAAGCCAAGGGCUAAAGGGACCCUUCUUCCUUCUACACAUUUGAGCCUCAAAUAUGGCUUUUACGAAAAUAAGUUUAUAAAAAAUGUAAUUUAAAGACACAUACUAGUAUGUCUUCAACUGCAAUGAAAACAAUUUCUUCCUUUGAACUUCAAAUCCUCCUACAAAGGAUUUCCAGCACUGGGAUAAAAUGCAAGAGUCAACAAGAAAAAGCAAACAAGCAGUAAUGGAAGUCAACUGGACAGUCUGUUAUCUUUCCAUGAAUGAAAAAACCCCAAAGACUGGCCUUAAUAAUGAAAGGAAAUAAUAUUUUUUAAAGUUAUUUCUAUUUUAUUACUCUUGAGAUACUGAAAAUAUUUCAUGUGCAGUUUUGAAGUACACAGACAUCACUGAGCUGAUUCGCCAGCAGGUUGCUAGAAGGCUUUCUGGGAAGAGAACGUACAGCUUUCCUGCAGCUCCCAGCUGUGUCAUUUUUAAGGAAAACAGAGCUUCACAAACUAUCAUAGUUAGACAACCAUGACAGGAAGCAACAUCAGGACCCUGCCAGCUUGGUUCUACAUCACCGUUUCUCUACCUCAGUUUCUGAUUAGGUGCUGCAGGAGGGAGUAAUAAAACCAAAGAUGCUUCAUUUCCAAGUUUGUGACUUAUUUUAACCUUGGACAGCAAAGUUUUUUUUCCAGAACCACAUGUAGCUUGUUCUAGAAAGUAAAAUUGAGAGAUUAAUUCUCUCCGAGUACCUCAGAGGGCGAUCACUUUAUGCCUUUUGUUACUCGUUUGAAAAAAGCAACAAAGAAAUGGGUGGAAUUGAACAAAAACCUAUUCUACAGCAGUUGGUCAGUGUUCCUCUGUCUCUGAGGUGGCAUCACCUCAACGAGGUGCCUUUCAAUGAGGAAAAUUCCACUGGCCAGUUCUUCAUCCCGGGCUAAUUACAGGAGGCUGUUUUCAGUCUCAGGAACGCAGGCAACCUCAGAGCAACAGUCUAUAAAGAAUAGAUUGUAUUUCUUGAAGUUCCUACAAGCAUAGUGGAUGGGAUGUCAAGAGAGAUGCCUUCCAAGCAGCUGUCCUGAUGAUACUGAUUCUGUGAUUCUGACAACCCAGGAAGAAGGAGACCAUUUCUGUAGCCAUGGGCCAAUUCUGGCAGUAAAUGCCACAUCGGUGGGAAAAUGGCAUUGCUGGAGGCACAAUGUGGCCAGUUCAAAGUCUUGAUAUCCAAGCAAGAGAAUUAAGGAAGCUCAAAUUCACACUGGAGUAGAAAAUCUUUAAUUUCUAGUGCCCCAUUAUUACUAUUAAAGUAACAGUGAUGCUGAUGCGUAACAGCUGAGGCAUUACUUGAUAAAUGCAUGAUGUAUAACC